AUGGCCGCAUCAACUCAUCCUGCGCCUUCACCGGCAGCACUUUUGAUAUACCCGGCGACAUUACUGUUGGGAUCGCUGUUCUCCGUCAUAUCACCAGUUGCCCACACUACGAGGAAAUCGUCUUCGCACCUUCCGCAACCGUCUGCUCCCCUGGCGCCAUCUCUCGCCGCUGAUCUUCACCUGUCCGAGAACCCUGUCAACUACUUCGCUCGCAAGAACAACAUUUUCAAUAUUUACUUUGUCAAAGUCGGCUGGCUGUGGACUACACUAGCCUUCGCAUCGAUCAUUCUCUCCCAACCUGCAUAUCGUGUCUCAUCCUCGUCUUCUCCAGCGCAGCAACAAAUUCGUACACGACGAAUGUUGCAGGCAUGCCUUCGAUGUGCAAUCGCCACUGCGAUAUGGUACCUGAUGACACAAUGGUUUUUCGGCCCUGCGAUAAUUGAUCGCAGCUUCAUCUUCACAGGCGGGAAAUGCGAAGAAGUGAUCGAUCGAGCGAGCAGGGUUGAUCCAAAUGAUAGUCCUGCGGCUCAAUUGGACCUGUUCUCCGCCGCGGCCUGCAAAGCCGCGGGCGGAGCGUGGAAGGGUGGUCACGAUAUUAGCGGCCAUGUCUUCAUGCUGGUACUGGCAACCGCCGCUCUCACUUACGAGGCCGUCGGAGCAAAAGCGUUUUCCGCAUCCUCUGUUUCUCGAGUGAAUGGAGAAAUGUCGCGGGAGCGCAAGACUAGUGACGCCGCGGUCUCCAGUGGCGUUGGAGGCGAGACCACGGAUGGGCUAGUAAGUAAGUCGUCGCUCCGACUGGUUUGGGGUGUGAUUGGUCUUGGUUGGUGGAUGCUUUUUAUGACUGCCAUCUGGUUCCAUACGUGGCUAGAAAAAUGGUCUGGUCUCACCAUCGCACUUAGCGCUAUUUAUGGGCUCUACAUACUACCCCGGAAGCUCCCGGCAUGGAGGGAAAUCGUGGGUGUCCCGGGACAGUGA